GACAGGUUUUAUGACUCGCGACUUGUGCACGUCUCGAGUCUCGGUGGGCAGGCGUUGCGGGUGGCCCCGACUACCAAAAAUGCCCACUUAUCGGGGCAAAUGGACCACGUGCCACGCGUGUUACUUAUAGAGAAGGUUGCUAAGCAGCAGUUAGCGAUUGAGAGUUUCCUGCGACGCGAGGGCUUUCAGUGGGACCUCGCUAGCAGCGGAGAGCAGGCCGUGUCAAACUUUACUCGCCAGCCCACCUCAAGUGCCACAGGCAGUAAUGGCCCCGCUGCUGGCUACGAGCUGAUCAUGCUAAGUGACUCGUUGACCGACAGUGAUGUCCGGGCCAUCGACCGGUUUGUCGGCCCGAAAGAGCGCACCAAACGGAAGUCAGGACUAAGAGCCCUGGUUUGCGUGGUGAUCUCUGCUGCUGGAUACGACGUUGCGUUCUCAAAGACGAUGUGCCAAGCGUGUCGCCGAGCUCAAGGGCGUCGAGUGAGUCGAGAACUUGUGGCUUCAGCAGAGCGAGCCACUCGCGAGCCCCCGUUGAUGGCCUGUCCCCACUGCAGCCUGGUUACCGAGUCAAGUGGCAAGACAGCUCUGUUGUCGCCGGUUCUCGCUGAAAUGGCCCAGGCCCUCGUGUACAAGAGCGUCAAGGCCGCAACACUGCAUCGACUCGCUGAACUCUGGGCUGCGGAUACAGGGGGAAGCAGCUCGACCCCUCCUUCGCGCCGUGGCCCCCGGCACUACGGAGAAACUCAUCUGGGUCUGACCCCGUUUUCGUUCUUUGCCGAGGUGGACAAGCAGAUCGCCGCGGCCAAGCGCGGCGCGUUCUUACCCGAGCACCGCACCCCCGAAAUGGCUCUCAGCGCCAAGGACACGGUGCUCUCACAGCAGCAUGGGCGUCAAGCCGCAGAAGGCAUGAGCGUGCUUCAGCUGGACCAGGUGCGAUCUGCAUCUGCCUAA